CCCCGGAAGCAGAAGUCACAUUACCACUUCCGGUUGCCUUCCGUAGCUGACGUACAGGUGGAUGUGUAUGAAGCUGCGAUGGCUGGAACAGCGUUAAAAAGAUUAAUGGCGGAAUAUAAACAACUCACUCUGAAUCCUCCAGAAGGCAUCGUUGCAGGUCCCGUAAACGAAGAAAACUUCUUUGAGUGGGAAGCAUUGAUCAUGGGACCAGAGGACACAUGUUUUGAGGGUGGUGUGUUUCCUGCUCUCCUCAGUUUCCCCUCUGAUUAUCCACUCAGUCCUCCAAAGAUGAAGUUCACCUGUGACAUGUUUCACCCCAACAUUUACCCAGAUGGCCGUGUGUGUAUCUCAAUCCUUCACGCACCUGGUGAUGAUCCAAUGGGGUAUGAGAGCAGUGCUGAGAGGUGGAGUCCUGUACAAAGUGUGGAGAAAAUCCUACUGAGCGUCAUCAGCAUGCUUGCAGAGCCAAAUGAUGAGAGUGGGGCCAAUGUUGAUGCCUCAAAGAUGUGGAGAGAGGACAGAGACCAAUUCAACAGACUUGCCAAGCAGAUUGUCCGCAAAUCCCUCGGGCUCUAACAAACAAACACAAACACACACACACACACACAGCACUUUAUCUGAGCUGAACUUUUCUCCUCUUCCAUUGACCUAAUCGACAGAUGUAGAUGUGAAAGCACCCUUUCUCCUCAGCUGUUCAUCAGCUCUGGUCCUCUUCUGUGAUGAAGAUGGAGUUAUGCAGGAGGGAUGAGGAUGGAGGGAUAGAAAGAAGAAAGUGUUUCUCUCUUUAGAUGUAGAUUUAUUUUUUUCAGCAUGUGACACAGGUUUAGUUUAAUGUUGCCUUAUUAAGAUGACCCCGUGGGAUUGUGGGUAAUGACAGUGUUUUGCUAUAAAAGCAGUUUGCAGUUUAACUUGUUUUAAGGAUUGUGUUGAUUUGUUUCUCUGCAGUGACAAUAUGCAACAAUAAAACCACCUCAACCAUC